AUGAAAAGACAAGGAGGAGGAGGAGGAGAUAAAAAGAGAAUAUAUACAUAUAAAUCACCAUGGACUAUAUAUGGAUUGAGUUGGUGUACAAGAUUAAAUCAACCUUUUAGAUUGGCAGUUGGAUCAUUUCUAGAAAACUAUUCAAACAAGGUUGAAAUUAUACAGCUCAAUGAAGAGUCUGAUCAGUUUGAAGUACUAUGUGGCUUUGAACAUCCAUACCCACCAACAAAAUGUAUGUGGAUACCCGACAAGAAUGCAAGUAGACCCGACUUGUUGGCAACUACCGGUGAUUAUCUACGUCUAUGGGAAUUUCAAUCAUCUACCAAAGAAUCUUCAAAACCUUCAAUACGAAUGAAAACUCUAUUAUCUGCUAAUAAGAAUAGUGAAUUUUGUGCACCAUUAUCAUCAUUUGAUUGGAAUGAAACAGAUCCAUCAUUAUUGGCAACAUCAAGUAUAGAUACAACAUGUACAAUUUGGAAUAUAGAAACUGGACAACCGAAAACACAAUUGAUAGCACAUGAUAAAGAGGUAUUUGAUGUAGCAUUUGCAAGAGGUGUUGAUUUGUUUGCAUCGGUCGGUGCCGAUGGAUCACUUAGAAUGUUUGAUCAGAGAAACUUGGAACACUCCACCAUUAUAUAUGAAACACCCAAAUUUACACCAUUGCUACGGUUGUGUUGGAACAAACAGGAUCCAAACUACCUAGCCACCAUUCAACAAGACAGUCCAACCAUUAUUAUAUUAGAUAUACGUGUCCCGUCGGUACCGGCCGCAGAACUAACCUUUCAUAGGGGUCCUGUCAACGGUAUUGCUUGGGCACCUCAUUCAAGUUGUCAUAUUUGUACAGUAGCCGAUGACAGACAAGCUCUCAUUUGGGAUUUAUCAUCUCUGCCAAAACCAAUCGAAGAUCCACUACUAACCUACGGUGCCGAAGCUGAAAUCAAUCAAUUAAAUUGGUCUUCAAGUCAACCUGAUUGGAUUUCAAUUGCUUUUGGUGAAGGUUUACAAAUUCUAAAAGUUUAA